CCACCCCCACCCCAGGCAAUGGCACAACCCCACAGCCCAGUCACCGCAACAGAACUUCAGUCUUCAGUUGCCCAACCCCAGCCAGAAACCCAGCUCCAGGACACACCCAUGAACGCAGCACCCCCACCCCAGAAAACCUUCCCACCCCUACCCCUGGGCAGAGCAUCACCACCCAGGGGGUUGAGGAUGUUACUCCAAGAGACAACAUCAUCACACCCUGGGGUCAGAACACAGACCCAGGGGAUGAUGACACCCCCACCCCAGGGCACGACACCCCCACCGCAGGGGACUGUGACCCCAGGGAGCCAGGAGGAUGGUGCGGUGAGGAGGAGCCACCGGGCUGCUGUCGCACGAACCAAACAGGAGAUCAAGCAUGCUGUAGCCCAGCUGAGCACUAAAAUGGAGGGACAACCCAAGAGGUCAAAAGAAUCCCCUGGUGGCAGCCAUGACAGUUUGAAACGGAAGAGUCCACCUGAGGAAGGCGGGGAGGGGAAGGGUCAGGACCGGAAUCAUUCCAAAAGUGCCAAGAAGAAAAAGAAGCGGCCGUCGUCACCGUACACCAAACCUCCGCCUCCUGUCAACCAGGAUAAAGACUCCAGGAAUGACUUCUACUGCUGGCUGUGUCAUCGGGAGGGGUCGGUGUUGUGCUGUGAACUUUGCCCCCGGGUGUACCACACCCGCUGCCUCAAACUGGCUCAGGAGCCGGACGGAGACUGGGUGUGCCCGGAGUGUGAGAAAAUCAUGUCGGCUGAGUGUGUGGAUACCCAGUCUAAAGCCAUGGGGAUGGUGACUGUAGAGAAACUCUCCAAACUCCUGCUCCACUCACUACAGAGGAUGAAACAUUCAGGGGCUGAGCCGUUCCAGAAUCCAGUAGACCCAGCCCAGGCACCAAACUACAGAGAGUACAUCUUCCACCCCAUGGACCUCAGCACACUGGAGAGGAACAUCAAGAAGAGCAAGUAUGGCUGUACCCAGGCCUUUAUAGCUGACACCAAGUGGAUCUUACACAACUGUAUCAUCUUCAACGGCUCCAACAACAAGCUGACCACCAGUGCCAGGAUGAUCGUCAGGAUCUGUGAACACGAGAUGUAUGAGAUUGAAGUGUGCCCAGACUGCUACACAUCGUCUUGUACCAAGAAGGACAACUGGUUCUGUGAGCCGUGUCGCGAGCCCCACAUCCUGGUGUGGGCGAAACUCAAGGGCUUCCCCUUCUGGCCGGCAAAGGUACUGCAGGAGGUGGAUGGGCAACUAGAUGUGCGCUUUUUUGGGCAGCAUGACAGAGCAUGGGUUCCAGUUGAGAACUGUUUCAUCAUGUCUGAGGAGAUCCCGUUCCCUGUCAAGAAACAGAAGGGGAGCUUCGACAACGCCGUAGCUGAAAUGAACAUCUACAUCGAGAACCUGCGACGCAAGUUCGGCUCGUUCGAGUACGCAGCUUACCGCAGCCCGUACGAUAAAAACCGUGCGUACACUCACAACAAGGUAAGCCCUGUCAGUAACGCUCCCACUGGCAAGGUCCGCAAAAUCAACGACGUUGCGCGGAAGCUCGGGAAACACGCCUCGAAACCAAACUUUGCCGCCAUGUUGGCGCAUAAGGGUGAGCCUGGCGUGCGAAGCGACUCGGCUUCUGAGCAGAGUCUCGUGUUGGAGGAGAUCGACUACGGAACGUAUGCCAGCACCCCAAGUAGUAUCACCACAGCCUCCCCCCUCCCCAGUAUUGACUCUGCCGAUCCUGUUAACGUGACAAGCCCUGCUUCCUACACUACUGAUGCUUCCAACGGCAAAAUAACCACCACUGAGUUAGAACAGUCAGCGUUUGACAGCAUAGCUCCUUCCAAAAGUCCGCCUGACUUAACUACGGAGGUGAAACGUCCGUUCGGUACCAGAGACGCUUCAGUGAAACAGCCAACAGAUUCGCAACCUUCUUCCAAUGCGAGUGUUUCACACGAACUCAAACCUGAGACUCCAGCUAGUCAGAUUUCUGCCAGGCUAUCAGACUCGGCGACAAAACCGUCAAAGUCGCAUAGCAACAAGGAAUCUUCCCAUAACAACAAACCUGCUGCCCAUAGCAACAAGAGCUCCGUAGUUAAACCAUCAUGUAGUAAGGUACAGGUAGACACACCCAAAAAGUAUAGCCAGAGUUUGCUGGGAAUAAAGACAGGGUUGGAUGAGGGCAACGGCUUGUCUUUGCCACUUGAGACUGGGGUGAAAACAGGGAUUCCUGCUUCCAGUAACAGUUUACAGCACGUUGCAGAUGUGUUAGGUGGGGAGGGGGGCUUGCCUGCAGUGUCUCCACCUCUCAGCACAGCCAGAAAAAGCAGUUCACUGCUACAGACGAUCGAGUCGUGUAAGGCCAAGUUGGGAAUCAACGAGGUUGGAGAACUGCCGCCACCAGAGGAAGAUGGAGAAGAAGGGGAGUCUGAGAGCGAGUCGGACAGCGAAAGCGACGAAUCAGACAAGGACAGGGAAGAGGAGGAGGAGGAGGAGGAAGAUGGGGACCAAUCAGAACAGAGGGAGCAGGGUGGGGAGAAUUUAGCUAAAAGGAGUUCUACGUCAUCUUCAAAUGAUAUUACUGAACCAAAAGGACUUAUUGGAAAGGAAAGCAGAAAGAAAAUUGAACAUGGUUUAAAAUCAGUUGAUGAGGAUAGAAAUUCUCCGGAACUUGAAAGAAGUGACCAAGUGCUUGGUUCAGUAAAUCCAGUGGGAGAGCCAGCACGUGAGGAGAAAAUGGAAGUUGAUCUUCCAAAGGGUGGGGAGAAGAUUGAUGUUGAUCCAAUUGUUGAUGUAGAGAAGGUUGACUCGGACAGUGGGGAGAGAAUGGAAGUUGAUCACACGUACAGCAAGUCUGCAGAUGAGAAAGGUGAAGAUUCUCCCGACAUCGGACUGAGGUUAGACUGUGACUCGGAUUCCGACUCACAUGACCUUGUCAUCGACCUUGGGGAAGACUCCACUUCGCGGAAGAAAGAGAAAGACAGCAGGGAGGUGAAGCAGGAGAAGCUUGCGAAGAGCGACACGGAGCGUGACCUGUCCCCGCCGGCGCUCAGCCCCGUCAGCGCCGUGUCUGUUACUACGGCAACACAGGCCCCCACUCUGCAGAAGGCCACGGUAACCAUGGUUACACCUGGUGCAAGCUCUGACAAGGGGUCAAAGGAACCUGUGACCAUGGACUCCCUGAGUAAGGAAUGGACCCAGAGACAACUGAAACGCUCCAGCCAGGAAUAUCUACAGAAACAGCUGACUCAAAAGGACCCGCCCGCACAAACACCAGGUACCAUGACACUCAGGAGUGCAGCAAAGCCUGCACCAGGUUGGUUAGUUAAUAAGUUAGACAAGAUUUUAAUUAACUCCACGGCAACAACCACCGCCACGCCCGUGUCUCAGACGUUCCCACGCUUUGUCCAGGUGUCAACAGGUACGCCUCAGAAGGUGCUUCUGGCUGUACAGCAGACUGCUCACAGCCAGCCUGGCAUUGUGGGUCAGAGCCCUGUGGUGUCAUCUCCUCCUCCAGUAACUUCCUCAACCAGCUCCUCCUCUACUACUCACACCACCACCACCAGUACAGAGAACACUGAUGACAUCAGCAAGUAUACAGACAAGGUCGUUGAGGUUGUGAAGGGCACGUUCCAGCAGAUGUGGGCUGACCUUGGUCGCCGUGGAGAUAACCUAGCAACCGUGAAACACCUUCAGCUGGAGGUGGAGAAACUCAGCUGGAGACACAGGCAGGAGAUGGCCGAGAUGAAACAUAACAUGGAGUUGACGAUGGCUGAGAUGCGUCAGAGUUUGGAGCUGGAGAAACAGCGGCUGAUCCAGGACCUGCGCAGACAGUGUGAGGCCGACAAGAACAGGGCUGUGGAGGAGGCCAAGAAAAAACAAUGGUGUGCUUUCUGUGGGAAGGAGGCCAUUUUCUACUGUUGCUGGAACACCAGUUACUGCGACUACCCCUGCCAGCAAGCUCAUUGGCCAGUCCACAUGAACACCUGCAGCCAGUCCACCAAUAACAGCACAGCACAAGGUGGCACUGACCAAUCAGAGGCCACGAGUGGUGAGUCACCAACCAAUCAGGUGCGAGCAGCUGUCAGCAUCCAGCAGGCACCUGCAGAUUCACAGGUCAAGGGUCAGACAGGCUCCUCCAAUGUGACAGAAGAGGAGUGGAGAGAGAAGCAGCGGGAGUCCCUCACCACUGUGCUGCAGCAACAGAAGAAAGAACAGGCACAGGUUUCCUACACACAGGUGAGCCAGCCAGGUGUGCAGGUGCGUUACAUCCAGCCGGCAGCCUCCCAGCCGCAGACCGUCCAGACUAUCGCAACAGUCCGGCCUGGCAGCACCAUUAUUGUACAGAGACCGUCGUCUGUAGCCCAGGUGGUCCAGCCGGUGGCCAGCGUGUCGUCCAUCCCGGUUCUCAGGCCACAGACCAGCGGAGCAGCCCAAGUCCUGCAGCCUGCAGGAAUCCUGCAGCCCGUAGCAGCGUUAACUAGCAACAGCAGCAGCAGCUUCACUCUCCCCUCACAGUGAUGCCCUGUACUGACCCCCCCGGGAACUCAACAAGUUCACAACAAUCAUGAAAGUUCAUCUGUGUUGGUAGUUACAUGUUUAGAGUUAAAACUUUCGAUGCAACACAAAAAGCUCUCUCGC